GCAGACCCUGAUUUGUCCGAAUAUGGAGAUGUAAGCGAACUCAUAUACAUGUUGGGACCUAACCAGCCUCCAACCAGCGUUAUAAUGAAGCCUGAAUUUCAGCGCAAAAUUUACUAUGAUAUGAGUCCAAUUGAGGACUCCACAUUGGCCUCAAUGCUACCAAUUAGAGCCUUUCAAGGGGCUAAAUUCAUGGAAGGACCGGGCGCCGAUAGCGUACCGAGGGUCUACAUCAAGACAUUGUACAACCGCGUGAUAAAGCAGGAGCAACAAGAUGCUAUGAUAAAUCGAUGGCCACCAUCCCAAGUGUUCUUCUUGGAGAGUGAUCAUAGCCCCUUUUUCUCCAACCCUGAUGUGCUCUUCAGCUUUUUACUUAAAGCAGCAACUUUUUAA